GCUAGAUCGGGUGAGAGCUCCGUGAUGUCGCCGCCGCCGACAGCGCUUGCGAAGCUUUGUCCGGAUGCGCUCGAAAAUUUGCCUUCGAGGUGCGUUGCAGGAACGCACAAGGCCCAUGAAGUCGGCCAGGCCUGCAACCCGUGCGUUGGAGUAGGCUCGGAUGUCUUAAGCGAUUGCGACCUCAUGGACCCACACCCAAUACAGGACUGCGCCACGACGGUCUAUGCUCCUCGUGCCUCCCUAGUCGAUCCCCUCACAACUCCCGAAUUUUACACAUUCAGGGGGAGGCUGACCAAGUUCGCAAAGCUGGACUCGCCGACGCCAGCUUUUUCGUGGAAACCAAGGAUGAUAGACCAUUUUCCGUAUGUCAGCAGCUCCGUUGAAGGUGAAGAUGGCAGUGGUUUCGCAGACCAUCUUCGGUUAUCUGCUGAAUCGUCGCAGUAUGAGGAUAGUGUCAGUGGGCUCGCGCAGUGGGCGAAUACUGUAGAUGGGUGGGGCUUUCUGAACCAUCCUCAGCUCAAGCAGGAAGUUUUUUCGUACAUAGACGCACAGCGUGUGAAUACGAAGUCCGACGAUAUGGCCGCUCUGUGGCAUUUCUGCAUAUUCGAUCUUUACAAUAAAGACUUGAAUGGAAUACUACACCGCCUAGAAACGAGCUUGGCUGUUCCCGAGAAAAUCACCGAAGAAACUGAGGCGGCACCUGAAGGCGAUCCGCCACUGGCAGACUUGUACUC